AUGAGCUCUCUCCGGUUCGCUCGCGCUGCCCUGCGGGCGCGUCCCGCCGCCAUUCGCCUCCCUCUCGGUCGCAGAACCUAUGCCGACGCCGUGGCCGACAAGAUCAAGCUGUCCCUGGCUAUGCCUCACCAGAACCUCUACAAGUCUACCGACGUUGUCCAAGUCAACGUCCCCGCCGAGUCCGGUGAAAUGGGUAUUCUUGCCAACCACGUUCCUUCCAUUGAACAACUGAAGCCCGGCCUCGUUGAGAUCAUCGAGGAGAGCGGUGGCUCCAAGCAGUUCUUCCUGUCUGGUGGCUUCGCCGUCGUCCAGCCCGACUCCCGCCUCAGUGUCAACGCUGUUGAGGCUUACCCUCUGGAAGACUUUUCCGCCGAGGCUAUUCGCAACCAGAUUGCCGAAGCCCAGAAGAUUGCUGGUGGCAGUGGCAGUGAGCAGGACAUUGCCGAGGCUAAGAUCGAGCUUGAGGUCCUUGAAACCCUCCAGGCCCACGUGAAAUAG